CAUCUCUGUUCAACAUACCAAAAAAAAAAAAAAAAAUAUCUUAAAAUUUUAACUUUUUGUUAUAUUUGAAUAACAAUAUUUGAAUUUGCUUCAAAUAAUGCCAGUAAAGAAUCCAAAUCACAAAUCGCUAAAGUAUCUGAGCUUUGCUGUCGCCGGAGAUGGAUUCAAACGCAGCGUUCCCGCUUUGGAUAAAUUUUGGGCACCCCGUUCAGUGUUUGCACAUUUUACUGGCCUUAUUGAUUCUGGAGGUCAAAUUAAACGUGGCGCAGCCUUGGAAGAGUGGCAAUACGAAGCCGAAAGUUUCAAAGAUGAUAUGGAAUUUCUUUUGCGCCAUGCACACCAUGAAUUUUGGUCAUAUAUGGUUCAUCAAAAAUCAGCUCUGGCUUCAGUAGUGUCAUUUUUGCAGAACUGUAUCCCCUUUUAUGUAAAUAUUUUAGGAGUGAGUAUUCCGGAUAACAUUAAACGACUGCAUGAAGACAUCCUGAAUUUAGUCGUUCGUAUAAUAUUCCGCAUUUUAACGUCCAAAGAAUCUUCGGAGUGUUGGAUUGAAAAAGAUCAUCUUCGCGAGUUGGUAUAUCAAAACUAUUUGAUAUCAGUGCCGAUGUUACUUGAUUUAUUAAUUGCUGUAGGGAAUGCCGCAUCAGAAAAUGUCACGCUGUUACGUAAAAUUUUCGAAAGCCUUUUAAAAAUAGAGCCAAAGUAUAAGCAAGAUUUAAUUACUGCAUUAAAGUUUUUAGAAACGGCAUUUCGGUCAAUACAAAUGCAGACUGACAAUGAGGGUUUCGAAGGAGCGGGCGGUGGUUUAUUAGAUAAAAUGUCCGAUACACCUUUUGACGAUGUUACUUUAUAUACUUUGAACUGCUCCUUCACAAUAAGUGUUUUACUGGAAGUAUGCCCAGAAAUGCGUUCUCUUUAUGGAGAAGAAGGUUUCGCUCAGCACAUUGCACGUUUUUACGAUACAACUUUACCGCAGUUAUAUAAAAACAUUUACAACAUAAAUUCCAGCGCUUUAAGCUUGGCCUGGCUGAACCAAUCUCGCAUACAAUUUUUACGGGCAUUCCGAAGUAUUAUUUCCUUUCAUGUAGAAGCAGUGUUAACAGAUCCGGCAUCCAGUUUGGCGCCGUGCGAAGAUUUCAUCGCAAUACUGACUGAAUGUUUAUCUGAGCAGGCUUUUGUGGUAGAUUACGAAAGACUCUAUCCGAUUGCAUUAGAUGUAGAGAUUCUUAAGCAAGCUUGUAAUGAACUGGACAGUUUUAAGAUAACGUUUUUAAUUGAGGGAUAUCAAAGAGAAAGAAAUGUGGAGGCAUUCAAAUCUAAUCAACGAACGAACGUAGAACAAUCAAAGGAUAAUGGACAUGUGUUGAAUGUUGAAAAUAAAAGCGCAGAAAUUUACUUGAAUGGUAAAACGAAUGUACCUACCGUUAGCAACCCUGUUCAGCAACGAGAUAUAGAGUCCGAGGUCGCUAUGGUUUUGGAUUGCUUCCCUGAUUUGGGCACGGGUUUUAUACGACGUCUUCUUACCCGUUACGAUAAUGGCGAAGAAGCUAUUGCUGCGCUUUUAGAAGAAAAUUUACCUCCUGAUCUAUUUGACUUAAAUCGUUCAGAGGUAUAUAUACCACCUGAUCUGCAAGAUAAGCUUACCCAAGAAAUAGGUGUCAAGCAUUAUAAUGUAUUCGACGGUGAUAAAUACGACAUAUUGACUCAAGAUGAUCCAAAAUGUGUUGUUAAAAAAGGUAAAGGAUUUCCAAACGCUCCGAAAAAUGUCGCUCAAUUACUGGACGACAAAAGUGAUAUAGCCAUGUUAAGAGAUCGUUACCGUGAGUAUUCUUUAAUCGCGGAAGGCGACUCGACUGAAGAGCAGGAAUACGAAGACGAGUAUGAUGACAGUUAUGAAGUUGUUUUAGAAAGUGAAUCUCGCGUCGUCAAAUCAAAGCAAUUUAAACAGGUUUUAGCCGACGUUGCAGACGAAUCCGAAGACGAGAGUGAUAGUGAAGAUUGCGACGAAAUGGUUAAGGAGAAGCGUAUAGAAACAGGCGAAAAUGAUGGAAGAGAAAAAUUAGCGCAUUUCUGUGAAAAUCCAGAAGAGGUAAGGGCCCGCUAUGAAAUGUCUUGCAGGAUGAAAUCGUCUCAGAAAAGCGGUAGUCGAAAGAUGCAGAAUCAUAGAGAUGUAGUCGGUGGCACGAAAGGUCAAGGACAAGACAAGGAAGUUUUACGUAAUCGUCAAAAGAAAGAAAGUCAAAAAUCUACAAGAGCUAAUCAUAAUCGAAAAGCCGGAGCAGCGUUUAAACGUAAUAAAGGCAUGAUCUCUUAAAUUUAUUCGGGCUAUUAACAACUACACAUAAAACAAUUAAGUUUGUAUGUAAUAACAGGCCAAACAAAGAUUAUGAGAUCGCUUUAUACUGUAACAAUAAAUAAA